UGUCGGAAGAGUCUGGAAGGGUCAGGAGAGGGUAGGAAGGGGUCUGGAUGGUGCCGAUUCCAAAUCUCCCCACUGGAGGACAGCAGAGGACACUGGAAGACAGCAGGCCACGCUCGGAGCAGGGGAGCCGCCGCCGGCCGGGAAAUCUGCGGGAUGGAGAGGAUGGGGGCAGGAUUUGGCAAUGAUCCCGGAGCUCUUCCCAGAAUGCGAAAUGCUUCUGACAAGAACGCAGCUGCUUCAUCAGCACUGCCAGCACUGCCAGCAUUCCAGUGCCACCAGCAUCCCUCUGCUGCUGGAGGGACCGUGACCCCUCAGGGAGAAGAAAGGAGGAAUGGCAGAAGCUGUCGAGAGAGGGAAGGCAGUUGGAGAAUGGGACAUUCUGCAGGGAAGUGGAAUGUUUCUAAUCGGCAGGAAAUGAUGAGCUAAUCGAAAAAUUCUGCUUGUGGAGCAUCUGGCAAAAGCCACUUCCUUAGUGGACAAAACCCCCAAAAAAUCAUGACAAAUGACUCUGUAGAAGUGGAGCUCUGACGUAGCCAAAGAUGCAAUUUCCGACUCCCCUGUGACUCAACCGAGCCUUGGGGAGCAACACCGGGACAGGGCACAGAGAGCGCCAGCAGAACGGGAAUGGGGAGCUCCUGGUGAUUCGGGCACUUUCUCCUUCAUGUUACUGACCUGGGAGGAGCCGCUUUAGGAUAUGGAUCCCAAAGGAGCACGAAGUACCAGGAAGCGCUGCUGAUCUGGACAGACCCCCUUUGCCUGCUGCUGCCCCACAGUGAACAGGGUCCUUCUGAGUUGUGUGGUCCAUCCCUGGAUUCUCCAACUGACCCCCAUCCGCUCUGACCACAGCCAGUGGCCACAUCCCACUGCCUGCCCAGCACCCAUCCAUGGAGGUGACCACUGUGUUCCCACCUCCUGCCUCACCCACCGAGGGAGAUAAUCUCUGUGAGAUUGAUGUCACUGAUGUGGCCAUAGACAGUGUGACACUGCUCAUCUGCCUCUGUGGGCUGGUCGGGAACGGGGCUGUCAUCUGCCUUCUCCAAAGGAAACCCACCACCUUUUACAUCAUCAACCUGGCCUUUGCCAACUUCACUUUCCUCCACUUUGUGGUCCCUUCCACUCUGCUCUACCUGAAGGAGGAAUUGUCCUGCUCCACUAUCAUGCCCCUGGUGUUCCUGAGGGCUCUUUUCCCACUCCUGCUGUUCUCUUACAACCUGGGGCUGUACCUGCUGACAGCCAUCAGCAUUGACAGGUGUAUAUCCAUCCUCUACCCACUCUGGUACCACUGCCACUGUCCCAAGCGCCUGGCAUGGGUGGUGUGUGCCCUGCUCUGGGCAUUGUCCAUCGCUGUCAUUGCCAUGGUGAUUUCCCUGUGCCUGUCACAUGAGCAUGAGCACUGCCAGGUGUCUCUCACCUCCAUGUAUGCCCUCAACCUCUUCCUCUUUGCCCCAGCCAUGGUCAUUUCCAGCACAGUCCUCCUCAUUAAGAUCAAGUGUGGCUCCCAGCAGCAGCAACCCAAGAGACUCAACACUGUUACUUUCAUCGUUGUGCUCUUCUUCCUUCUCUUUGCUCUCCCACUCAGCCUCUGCAAUUUCCUGCAGCAGCUCGGCUACAACACUGUGUCCUCCCAGGUGGUUUUCCUGCUCACCUGCAUCCACAGCACCAUCAACCCUUUCAUCUACUUCUUGGCAGGGAGGUGCUGGAGGUGCUGCUCCUUGGAGUCCCUCCGGCUCUCCCUCCAGAGGAUCUUUGAGGAGCCAGAAGAAAACACUGCCCACAGCAAUGAAGCCACCAUGGACACAGCCAACCCAGCCUGUUGAUCCCUUCCACUGCUCUGAUGAAGGACCUUGGCACAGGGGCUGAGGGUUUACUUGAGCCACCGGAUUAAUAAAUAUCCACAGGAUCACCCUCUCUGUGGUGCUGUAAUCCCGCAGGAGAAGGGAGCAGGGGCACUGCCGAGGGCCGUGUGGGAGGGAUGCUCUGCGGGGAAGCACAUUUCCUCCUCUCUCACACCUCCUAGAGCACUAUUUCCCCAAACGGAUUGUGCCCCACAUGGCUGUGGUACCAAAAUCCCCCUGGCACCUGGUUCCUGCAUCCCACUGUGGUCUGGUAUCAAUAAACAGCUUCGUUAACGCUGA